AGACACCUCUGUCUGGCUUUGGUUAGAAGGGUUCCUCUGUUUGAGAGUAUGGAUGAGAGAUUGCUUGAUGCCAUUUGUGAUCGGUUUAAACCAUGCCUGUUUACCGAGAAUACUUACAUAGUCCGAGAGGGGGAUCCUGUUGAUGAGAUGCUUUUCAUUAUUCCUGGCUGCCUUGAGAGCGUAACAACAGAUGGUGGAAGGAAUGGUUUUUUCAACCGCAGCUUGCUUAAAGAAGGAGAUUUCUGUGGAGAGGAACUUCUAACUUGGGCAUUGGAUCCCAAAACCGGUGCAAACCUUCCAACAUCUACUCGGACGGUGAAGGCUUUGACUGAGGUUGAAGCUUUUGCCCUUACAGCCGAGGAGUUAAAAUUUGUUGCCGGUCAAUUCAGGCGUCUUCACAGUAGACAGGUACAACACACGUUCCGUUUUCAUUCACUGCAAUGGAGGACCUGGGCAGCUUGAUUUAUUCAAGCCGCAUGGCGGUGCUAUUCCAAGAGGAAGAGCUUCGUCGGAAGGAAGAAGGAGAGGAAGCAGAAGGAUCAAAAGGAACCCGCAAUAACAGUGGUGGAGGUUCGUACAGCAUCCGUGCCACAUUCUUAGCUUCCAAGUUUGCAGCGAAUGCACUUCGUGGUAUUCAUCGAAAUCAGAUUGCUAAGAGUGCAAAGGAGUUGGUGAAACUACAGAAGCCUUCUGAGCCCGAUUUUACCGCCGAAGACGCAGAUUAAUGUGUAAUUAUUGCUGUCUGAUUUAAAAUGGUGUUAAUUUUAUGUUAUUGUAUUUUUUCUUAGAAGAUCUAAAAACAGUGUAUAAAUACAUAAAAGUUUGGAAUUGCAGUGGUAACAAAGGCUUGCUUGAAGUAAUGUUUGAGACUGUAAAGGUUGCUCG